CCACUUGCAACGUCCACCUGGCUCACAAGUAAUAAAAUUAAUCGUACCACCGACCUUGGAGCGCAUCACAUCUUGCAUCGCAUCGCAUCGCAUCGCAUCCAUCUGCAUCAACGACGACACGACUUCCCUCUAUAAUCACGCCAGCGCCGCACACAUGAGCGGUAUCUCUGGCGCCGCCCGCACAAGCCCCGGCCCCAACGCUCCGCGCGUCGCGGUCGUCGGGUCGGGCUUGGCGGGCCUCGCCGCCGCCUACCUCCUCCAGCGGGAGGGCGCACAAGUGUGGCUUAUCGAGAAGGCGCCGCGCCUCGGAUUCCAUGCAUACAGCGUCGAGCUCGACGCGCGGAGAGAUAGCUCCGCAACCGAGGUCAACAACGUGUCGCCACUGUCGCCCAGCAAGCCCCGCGCACCCACCAUGUCGCCCGCGAAGAGCAAGCGAGCGGCGGCGACCGGCAACUCGGCAGAGACCAUCGCCGUCGACGUCCCCAUGCGCUCCUUCCAGGGCGGGUACUACCCCCUCCUCAUCGCACUGUACCGGCAUCUGGGGCUCAGCCUGCAGCCCGAGUCGUACGCGUUCUCCUUCUCAUCACUCGUGCCCAGCGCAAUCCGCAGCGCGGCGAGCUCACGCGAGACGUACUUCAUUCAUGCCGGCGCGUCAGGCGUGUCGCUUCCAAACGUACCCUCCGCGGCGUGGUCCUCACCCUCGGCGUUUGCCCGAGCAGCCCUGAGGUUUGCGACCGUCGCCGUGUGCUAUUUUGUCCUCCUCGUCAUCUCCUUCUUCAACUGGCACGGCGUGCUCGGCCUCCUGCAUGGCAAGGGCUCGUACGCAACGUUCCGGGACGUGGUCGACAGCGUGGCCGGCACGCUCGAGCAGCCGGUGCGCUGGCUCCCUCGCACCAGCUUGGGAGAUUCAUUCAAGUGGUUCGCCGCUGAGAUUGUCCUUCCGCUUUUCUCGGCGGUGGGAACCAUGACAGACGCCGAUGUGUGGAGCACCCCCGCCGUCCACUUGCUCGACUAUAUCCACGCAGGGGUGUGGACAAGCCACUACACGCUCGGCGCAGGGCGCAGUGCACGCGAUGUGGCGCAGCUCCUCUCGGAGCCCGUGAGGAAGCAGGGCGCCGACCACAUCCGGCUCGGCACGGCGAUCCGUGCGAUCCGGUACAGGAAGACCAACGUCGGGCGCGUGCUGGUUCUCUCGCUCGACGGCGGCGACGACCUCGAGGUCGACCGUGUGGUCAUCGCCACCCCGGCCAGCGUUGCCCGCUCCCUCCUCGGCACCCUCGAGCCCAGCCUCAAGGUGCAGGGCGAGAAGGCCGAAGCGCGGCGCGUGGCGCGCAUGAGGAGCGCGCUCGAGGAUGUGACCUACCGCGAGACGAUUGUCAUCACGCACACGGACAGGGCGUCGGUGCUGCCACAUGCCAGCAACGUGCGUGACAUCAACCUCUUCCAGGCGGUCGUCGACGGUACCACGACAGGCAGCACCGAUUCGACGCCGCUCCUGACACCUACAUCGUCCAACUCUGCAUCCCCGCCCGCUUCGCCGUGCCCCACGCCCAGCAAGCUGCCAUCUCAGCUCGGUGCGACGCCAUUCUUCGAACCUGCCCCAGACGCAGUGUACACAAUGGCGACGCACCUCGUUCACGCACCGCAGAGUGCAGGCUACCCCCUUGUACUGCAGACGACCAACCCGGUCGUGCCGAUCGACCCAGACCAGGUUCUUGGCGUUGCGCGGCUCGAGCGUGCGCUCCCAUUGCGAAGCAAGGAGACUCUGGUCGGCUUCCAUCCACCCCGCGGGGCCGACCCGGCACCGCUUAUCUAUCUGGCUGGAUCGUAUGUGUACCCUGGCAUCCCUCUUCUGGAAGGAUGCGUCGGCAGCGCCAGACGAGUGGUCGACGAUAUCUGCGGUCUGGGCAGCUAUCCGGCGACCGGCGGUGUAGAUUGGGAGACUGGGCGCGGAGGCCUUCUUGGCCGAGUGUGGCGUUGGCGCUUAGUCGGGCGAGGUGGAUACAACUAGGGUGGUUUCUUGUUAGCUUGUUUUCUUUGGUGCACAUGCAAGUCACGGGGUAUCAGAA